UCUCGACGUCACUGCCGGCGGAAGGCGCCAAGCCAGGAACACGCUCUUUGCUCCCGUCUUUUUUUGAUUUUAUUAAAGGUGUGUGUGUGUGUGUGUGUGUCGGAAGAGGGAAGGUUCGUCACCUUCUCGCUGGCGUCGUCGAACGAAGCAGACUAAGCGAUCGGACGCUCCGCCUGCCGUUUGUCCCGCGUCUCAUGCGCUAACUCGCUCCGCCGGGCGAGGUAAGUCACAGCGGGCUCGCCGGCGGCUCGUGUUAGCGGUUAGCCGCCCGCUUUGCUCGCCGGCAGUUAGCCUCCUCGGCUAAAAACAUCAACACGGCCGGCCGCGUCUCACCCUUGUGCUUCCGCAGCGCGCGCGAGCGCGCGCGUGAUCGAGCCAUGUCCGUGUCCGUGAUCAUCAAGUGGGGGGGCCAAGAAUACGCCAUCACGUCGCUGUCCGAGGAGGACACCGUCAUGGACCUCAAGCAGUCCAUCAAGGCUCUGACCGGCGUGCUGCCCGAGAGGCAGAAGCUGCUCGGGCUCAAGGUCAAAGGGAAGGCGGCGGAGGACCAGGUGAAGCUGGGCUCCCUCAAGCUGAAGCCCAACACCAAGAUCAUGAUGAUGGGCACCAGGGAGGAGGGCCUGGAGGAGGUCCUGGCCCCUCCGCCCGAGAACGACGACGUGGUCAACGACUUUGACAUCGAGGAGGAGGUCAUCGAAGUGGAGAACAGGGAGGAGAACCUGGCCAAGAUCGCUCGCCGCGUCAAAGACUACAAGGUGGAGGAGAUGAACUCCCCCAGGGAAGGCAAGAGACUUCUGGUGCUGGACGUGGACUACACUUUGUUUGACCACAAGUCGUGCGCGGAGAGCGGCCAGGAGCUGAUGAGGCCGUACCUGCACGAGUUCCUGACGUCGGCCUACGCCGAUUACGACAUCGUCAUCUGGUCCGCCACCAGCAUGAAGUGGAUCGACGCCAAAAUGAAGGAGCUGGGCGGGCGAAACAACCCAAACUACAAGAUCACGUUCAUGCUGGACAGCGCCGCCAUGAUCACUGUGCACACGCCCAAAAGAGGCGUGGUUGAGGUCAAGCCGCUGGGUGUGAUCUGGGGCAAGUACGAGCGCUUCUACAGCCGCAAGAACACCAUCAUGUUGGAUGACAUCGGGCGCAACUUCCUGAUGAACCCGCAGAACGGGCUCAAGAUCCGGCCCUUCAUGAAGGCGCACGUGAACCGCGAGAAGGACCGCGAGCUCCAGAAGCUGAGCGAGUACUUGAAGGAGAUCGCCACGCUGGACGACUUCAGCGCCCUCAACCACAAACACUGGGAGAGGUACCUGUCCAAGAGGCAGCAACACUGACCACAAUGACGACAUCACAGCAGCACACUGGAAAAACAAUUCCUGCAGCUGAACUCCACCCCCUGCACACAUGCACUGUGUGUGUGUGUGUUCGCGCACACCCCCACGUCCAGUCUCCUGACACGAAAGGCAGCGCCGCAGUCAGCGCCCCGGCGCUUCCGGCCACAACGAUGCACACGCACGCCCCAGCAUGAAAGCAGCGACACAAACAACACGCCACAAGAUGCAAGCGAAGCGACAAAAACACACGCACAACGGAACGCAGCGACAACAACACACAAACGCGGUGACGUUGCCCGCGCCAUGCGGCGGCGCAACGCGAGAAAAAUGCGAACGCAACAACACCAUGCGGCGACAGCGCCGACGAAACCGAGCCAGUACAGCAAAGUGUCGCACGUUGUCACGGAAACAGCCGGAGGAAUGCGUGCGUAUACAUGAAUAAAAAAAAAACUUUUUUUUGUACCCAA